GAACAGGGAGCCGGGAGCCCGUGGCCGGGACCCCGCCUCGCCCCCGCCAGCCCGGGCCGCGCCCCACGCCGAGGCCGCGCCGCCGCCCCCGCCUCCGCCCGACCCGCCGUGCCCGCCCCGCGAGGCCGCCGGCUACUCCCACCAGCUGCUGCUGCUGCUGCUGCAGUGAGCGCCGCCCCGCGCCCCGCCAUUGUCCCCACCGCUCCGCCAGCCGCGCCGGGCCGCGCUCCGGGAGGCGAGGGGCGCGCAUGGGAGGGCGCUGCUGAUGCCGCCGCCGCCGCGCCGCCCUCCGAGGCUGCGUCCCGGGAAACCCGGUCCCCCGCGCCCCCCGGCCCGGCCCGGCGCCCCGGACUUGAGCGCGCCCCCAUGGAGGCGCCCGGGCUGGCCAAGGCGGCCGCGGCGGACCCCAGCCCCGGGGAGAGCCCGGGAGAGACCCCCGACGGGGCGCCCGCGAAGUUCCCCAGCCCUGAGGCGCCUUCGCCCGAGCCGCCCGCUUACCGCCUGCAGGACUUCGACACGGUGGCCACCGUGGGCACGGGGACGUUCGGCCGUGUGCAGCUGGUCAAGGAGAAGACGGCCAAGCAUUUCUUCGCCCUGAAGGUGAUGAGCAUCCCGGACGUGAUCCGCUUGAAGCAGGAGCAGCACGUGCACAAUGAGAAGUCGGUGCUGAAGGAAGUCAGCCACCCGUUCCUGGUCAAGCUGUUCUGGACGUACCACGAUGAGCGCUUCCUCUACAUGCUGAUGGAGUUUGUGCCGGGCGGCGAGCUCUUCAGCUACCUGCGGAACCGCGGGCGCUUCUCCAGCAACACCGGGCUCUUCUACUCCGCAGAGAUCAUCUGUGCCAUUGAGUACCUGCACUCGAAGGAGAUUGUCUACAGGGACUUGAAGCCGGAAAACAUACUGCUCGAUAGAGAUGGGCACAUCAAACUCACCGACUUUGGGUUCGCUAAGAAACUGGUAGACAAGACGUGGACCCUUUGUGGAACCCCCGAGUACCUGGCCCCUGAAGUCAUCCAGAGCAAAGGCCACGGGAGAGCCGUGGACUGGUGGGCGCUCGGCAUCCUGAUAUUCGAGAUGCUCUCAGGGUUCCCUCCAUUUUUUGAUGACAACCCAUUUGGCAUUUAUCAAAAAAUUCUUGCAGGCAAAAUAGAUUUCCCCAGACAUUUGGAUUUCAGUGUAAAAGACCUCAUUAAGAAACUGCUUGUGGUUGACAGAACAAGAAGACUGGGGAACAUGAAGAAUGGAGCAGACGACGUGAAACGACAUCGGUGGUUCCGAUCUGUGGACUGGGAGGUUGUCCCCCAAAGGAAACUGAAGCCCCCCAUCGUGCCCAAAGUAUGCGGCGAGGGCGAUACCUCCAACUUCGAAGCUUAUCCUGAGAAUGACUGGAACACGGCCCCUCCGGUGUCACCGAAAGAUUUGGAAGUCUUCAAAAAUUUCUGAGGACAGGAAUCCACAUCCGGAAGAAACAGGAAGAUUUGAGCCUGCCUGGGACAAGGAGCUGCACAUAAGGAGACCUGAAGAGACAUCUUCAUGAUGUGAUGAGGACAUUUCCACAUUUAUCUACGCCCGGAUGUAUAUAAAGAGAUCAGAGAAAUUCGUGGACCCUGCAUUAUUUAAGCAACUGGAAAUCGACUACACAGUAGGAAAUUAUGAAAAAUUGUUUGGUUGUAGAUUUUAUCUGAUCUUCUAGUGUGUGUUCCUACUGUGAUGUCUUGGUAUUUCUCAUAGACUUAACUUUAUAAGUUUGAACUGAACGUGUUCAGUUAUAACCACAGAUUGUGUGUGCGUGCGUAUGUGGGUGUGUGUGUAAAAAGAUGUGACUGGGGCACAGAAAUUGUACAGCGAUGUAAAUGUUCAUACUUUGCAGAGCCUACGGUUUUUAUUUUUCAAAUGUUUUUUCAAGAAUCUGUUCUUUUGGGGACAAAAUCUAAAAAAGAUGAUGUGUGGAUUUUUUUUAUCCUCUUAUCUGCAUUUUAUAGUUACUUGUGAGGAAAAUGUCUUGUGGGGGUCCACAUCCGAUAUCUUUAGUGCUUCAUAUCUGGUCAUUUUAGGUUGUGAAACCAGAAGGAAAGGGAAGGAGACGUGGAUUUGCAUUUUAGUCCAAGAUGAGCCAGUGACCAUUCAAGUUGUUCAAAGAAUGUAAUGCAUUCAAGAAAUUUUGUGUAGCACAUUCAAAAAUUUUGUACUCGAGAAGGACGUGGCUACCUAUUCAAAUUCCACUUUAAAUCUCUUGAACAAAACGCACCUCCCAAAGCUAACAAAUGCGUUUCGAUACUGGCUCAGUCGCACGGACCACCUUCGUGCAAAGGUUUUCUUUUACCUUUCGUUUUGGGAAAAGUAAGAAGCAGAUGCCCUCUAGGAUGUAAGCGUUCAGAGUAGUAAAAAUUAACCUCGCUUGUUUCUGCUCAGUUUCAUUUCUCCUUGUAAAUGUUCCGUUUGAGUCCAUCUAAACACACUCUCAUCUCAUCAAUCAGAUGGGCCUCUGCAGAAUUAUUGGUGGGUGAGAUUUUCUGCUCUUUAGACCUCGUCAUGAAGGUACAGUCCUCUGCAGUGUCUUCCCUGUAGAACUGACUUAAUGAAAACCAGAUGCGGAGUGGGCCACGAGGGGUGUGUUGCUAAACAGCGGACUUUGCAGAAACAGGGCAUGCAUAGAGAUCCUUAGAGACUGUACUGCCCAGAAUUCACUUCCUUCUCUCUUACGCUUCUCCUUCCUGAUUCUAAACCUUGCUGUCCAGUCUAAAUGGGCUGCCCAUUCUCUCUUGACCCUGACUCAGCUCGAAAAACAGAAUUGCGCAAAUCUGUUAUGUAUGUGGUCGUAGGUCCCAACCGUGACCUCCCAAUGGAGGUCUGUGCAUUUAAGAAGUAGGUUUCUAGAGCCUUCAGUGAUACACCCGUACAGACCUCCAAUACCUCCUUCUGCACCAUCACUUUUCUCUCAUCCUCUUCCCAGAAAGGUCCAGCUCCUUGGGCAGCCAGGAUGAGGGCAGAGUAUGCCCUGGGGGUGUGUUGGUAAGAGCGGGUGCAGGGAGAAAGACAGAAGGCUGGGUACCCCUCAGCCUCUGCAGCUCAGCUUUUCUUGAGUCACCUGCCAGGUUCUUUGCCUCCGAUGUUGUUUUUCCGUGCCUAUCAGAUUUGGCUGGAUUCCACUCACAAAUCAGAAGGCAAGGGCUAUGUGUACUGAAGGUGAAAUGAAGAGAAUUGCACACCUAGAAAAGCUUUAAAAGACAGUGAAAAUGAAGAUGCUAAAUAUUUCCCCUCCCUUCUCAUAAAUGACCUGUUCUUCAGAUAGAAAUCAACUCAGUAGGGGAGAGUGAGGACAAGAUUGUUAAAGUACAUUCUUCACAAUGAGUAACUCCGUGAAAAAUUAUUUUCAAAGGGCGCUCUGGAUAAACGUUCCAACAGAACUGUAUUCAGUCUGUACUUUUCAGUUCUGUUUGGAUUAAGUGGAGAGCCAAAACUGACUAAAAACUUAGCAUGCAAUUUCUGAAUGAUUUCAUCAUUGAAUGUUAGAAGGUUAAGUCGGCAAAGUGGCUUUGUGCACUGAGCUAUGGACCCAGAAGGAAAAAACAAGUUUCAUGUCCUCUGACUAUAAAGUUAAGUUAUUAUUUUUAUUAUUAUUUUGGAGGCUUCUGCUUAAAAAUAUAAAAAAUAAAUGAAACACCUUCUUGAACACAAUAAAAAAUUAUGCAUAGACACAUUGAGCCAUAUGUAUAUUUUUAGGUUUAAUUCUUACUGUCCAUAAUUUAAUAUGAGAUGAAAAUAGCAUCAAGAAAGCAUAACAUGCAUUGCCUUAAUUUUGAACAAAUAUGCAGGAAAAACAAACGUUUGAAUGCAUUAUUAUAUUAAUGUAAUCCUUAAAAACAUUGUCAUCAGCCAUCAGCCAUACAAAACAAAUUAAAAAUUAAAAAGAAUUGCAAGAAUACCUGUUGGUGUUAAAUUCACCUUCGACAGUCAUGCCCAUUUCAGUAUCCAAAGUGGCACAUGCCAUGUGCUAACUGCCUGUUGCUGGGCUGUAAAUUAAAUGGUGUGACAUAAUGCAAAGACUGGUUUAGUCAAAAUGAGUCCUAAACACACGAAACGCUCAUACAUAUAACUGAAAAACAGUUUACUCAGUGGGGGCAUUCUGAAAUUUUCAUGUAUCUGAUCAAAUAUAAUCAAUGUGCAAAGUUUUGAAGAAAAUUCAUGAAAAUAAUCACAAAAUUCAGAUCCAAAAAAUCAUAGAUUUAUUUGGUUUUACGCAAUUUUGUGAGUUGGCAGUGUUUUCUUAAAUAAGAACACUGUUUAAAAAAUCUUUAGGAAAUACAUAUUUUGCAUAGAAGAAGUAUAUUGAGGUGGGUUAUGUUUUCCUAGGGGAAUGUCACAGCCUGCUUUG